AUGCCGGUGCGGGACAACCAGCCCGACAACCGUCAGGGCUCUGAGAGCUCGGGCAAUAGUUGGAUAUCGCAGGAUACGGUGCGAAACCCGGGUCAAUCUCGAGAUGGAUCAAACCCCUCCCCUGGAGGUCACAAUGUCGAGCCAUUCCCCGGCUCAUUAAACAUGAAUUCAAAAUCGGAAUCCUCGAAACCCCCCAGAAUUGACUGGGGAACUUCCGCGUGGUCAUGGGAUUCGCCCAGUGUCUCCCCCACCGAACAGCGCAAACCCACCGGAUUCAGCAACCACCGGGAAGCACUGAUCAUUCCAAACAAUCGCGAUAACCCGUACCAGUCCUCGGCCUCAAGCCCCCGACCUCCGCCACUCCAUCCAACACGCCUAGGCUCCGACGAGAUUGAAUCGAUUGCCCCGUGGUCCACACCGCUCAACAGUGGGCAGCAAGAUGGCGGCAGCACGUUCUAUCACGAUCAAUCGGAGCACGAAGCCUCGCCGGCGUCAUUUACAUUCCGCCCGACGACGGGACGGACCAUAGCGAGUGAACCGGCUGAAUAUGAAUACCACGGAGAGCACCGACGGCCAUCUGCUGCCAGUGCAACCACUGUUAGCAGUCACGGGUCUAGCAUCAGUCAGAAAUUCCGAAAGAAGCAUCUGAAGGGCCUGCUUGGAGAUGACUACAACAUGCCAGGGGAGCAUCAAAAUGACGAUGAUGGAUCCCAAAACUCCGCGAGCCGGCGUGGUGGACCAGUAGAUCAGUUGAAGGCGCGGGAAAGGGCGAAUUCGGAUGGCUCACGCAACACUCCAGAUGGAUCUGGGUCGUCACAACGGUCUCACAGGCCGCGAGCAAAUACUCCGUUGAAUUCGAGCGAGAUUACCCCGUGGGACUACCAAAACAUCACCGACGUUGAACAGUUUGGAGAAGCACCAGUGCGUCAUGCGCCCAUUGGCCCCAACGGGAAACGUCCUUCCAAUCCAGAAAACGGGGGCCUGGGAUCCAGAGAGCCCAGCCGACGAGGGCCUGGUAGGCAUCGUUCCUCACGGAGCAAGGAGGAAAAGCCCACUCUUGCUGGCGAUCUAGCCGGUUAUCAGAAUCGACCGGCUACCGGCAGAGACGACGGCGGACUGCGUCCGUUCAACGAGAACUACCUUCAUUCGGCGGUGGACAUGAGUGAUCCUGCAGGUGCUGGAGGCCGGUCAUCUAGUCCCACCCCUAGUACUCGCAGCGCAUACCGCGAUCAUGAUCAAGGCUCACAGCACCCCAGAAUCGGUCGCUUUGUCAAGAAGAUACUUGGCCAUGGGUCCAAAUCGCAUGACCGAUCAAGAAACUCCUCACCACCCCGGCGUGAUCGACAAGGAAGUCUCGAAGGAAACAACUCCUCGAGGCACCUUGAGUCAGCGGACUCAGGGAAAAAGGAGACUGGGAAAGGCCUGAUCGCGGGGAGAAAACUUGGUCCUCGUCGUGCGUUUACCAAUCAAGGCGGUGACCUCUACAACUCCAACAAGGAAGACAAAACCCCAGAGGAGAAUAAGCAUCUAUUCCACCUUGACGUCAACAUGAACAACAUCGAUGAUUUUGUUCGUCCCUCCUCUCCGGGUCAUGCGCAGCGCCUCAGGGACGGGACUCUUACCCCGGCAGACGAUUCCAAACUCGACAAGCCCUGGAAUGCCCCUGAAAGCUGGCAAGUAAAGCAACCCACUGAAACUAAAUUACCAGGCGAGGAUUCGGCCCCUGCGGGACCACGAGAGCAUGAGCCCUCCUACUUUAUACGAAUCUUCCGGAUAGAUUCGACGUUUGCAACGCUCUCGGCUGGCGUGAAUGCGACGGUGUCCGAAAUUCUGCACAUGCUUGGUAAGAAGUCAUUUUUGCAAGAUCAUCUCAACAACUACGAAAUCGUUCUUCGAAAAAAUGAUCUCUCACGCCAGCUUGAUCACAAUGAAAAACCAAUUCAGAUGCAAAAGAAGCUGCUUGAACAAGUGGGCUAUGCGCCAAACGACCGAAUCGAAGAUAUCGGCCGUGAAGACCACAGCUAUCUAGCUCGGUUCGUCUUCUUGCCGACAAAGCUCAGUGGUUAUAGCAGUCUGGAGACGGACCCGGGUUUCAACAAGAUCCAGAAGUUUAGCCACGUGGAUCUCCAGGGCCGCAGCCUAAUAACGAUCCCGAUCACGCUGUACGCGAAGUCAUCGGAAAUAAUCUCCCUCAAUUUGUCGAGGAACCUGUCCUUGGAUGUUCCAAAGGAUUUCAUCCAAAGCUGCAUCAACUUGCGAGAGAUCAAAUUCAUUGGAAAUGAGGCCUCGCUACUCCCUCAGAGCUUCAGCCUAGCUGCCCGGCUGACUUACUUGGAUGUGUCCAACAACUGCCUCGAGGACUUGGACCAUGCUCAUCUUGACCGGCUGACGGGCCUUGUCAGCAUCAAGAUGGCCAACAAUCAGCUAACGAAGCUGCCCAGCUAUUUUGGAAAUUUCACCUCUUUACGGAGUUUGAACAUGUCCUCAAAUGGAUUCAAGGUUUUCCCUGAGUUCAUCUGCAACUUGAAAAGUCUAGUUGAUCUAGACAUCAGCUUCAACGGCAUUGAGGAACUUCCUUGCAUCGGCCGCAUGACCACACUCGAGCGCCUGUGGAUGACGAACAACAACCUUAGCGGACCACUCGAUGAAUCUUUCCGGGAAUUGGUGAAUCUCAAAGAGUUUGAUGCACGCUUCAACUCGAUCACCAAUAUAGAUAAUGUGUCCAGUCUUCCUCGACUGGAACAAGUAUUCCUCGGUCACAACCUUAUUUCACGAUUCAAGGGCUCCUUCCCAAAGUUGCGCAGCCUACACCUGGACCACAACCCUCUGACGCAAUUCGAUAUCGAUGCUCCCAUGCCAACACUGACUUCUCUCAACCUUGCUUCGGCGAAGCUCUCUCAGUUCCGAGAUACCAUUUUCGAGAAUUGCCCGAACGUGGCGAAACUAGUCCUGGACAAAAAUCACCUUUCCUCCGUAUCGCCCCAGAUCGGCAAGCUGCGGCGAUUAGAGCACUUCAGCAUGAUCAAGAACCCAUUGUCGUCAUUGCCCCCGACCAUCGGUUGUCUGGUGGAGCUCAAGCAUCUCAAUUUGCGAGAAUGCAAUCUGCCUUCGCUUCCAUCCGAGAUCUGGCAUUGUGCUAAGCUUGAGAUCCUCAACAUCUCCUCAAACAUUCUGUCAUCAUUCCCCAAAUAUGGUGCUCCAAUCCCACUGGUUCCAGGCGAACCCACUCAUACACCCGCAACUACGCCGGGUGUGACGGGAAAUCCCAGCUAUGAGGAUAUCGGUCCCCUAGACGAACCAGUCUUACGUCGACCAAGUCAGACUUCGAACGGGGUCGUCAAUUCCGUUUCACCCAACGGUUCGUACCGGAACGCUUCGACCGGCCAAUCUGUCUCGCAACAAGGCGGUAGGAAGGUAUCGGCCACGUCACGGUCAUUCACUGACCCAAAUGCAGUAAAUCGGAAGGAUUCAAACUUCUCUCAGCAGAUGGCAAUGAGCUUUGCGGCAUCCCUUCGGACACUGUGCCUUGCCGACAACAGACUUGAAGACGAUGUGUUCCGAGAGUUGUCUCUACUUCCGGAACUGCGCAUUGUUAAUCUAUCGUACAAUGACCUGACAGAGCUACCGCCAGGAAUUCUAAGGAGAUGGCCCUUGAUAUCCGAACUCUACCUCUCCGGAAACGAGCUGACUUCAUUACCAUCUGAUGAUCUGGAAGAGGGGAGCAACCUCAAGAUUCUUCACAUAAAUGCAAACCGAUUCCAGGUGCUGCCUGCAGAACUCUGCAAGGUCAGCAAGCUAUCCAUUCUAGAUGUUGGAAGCAAUCACCUGAAGUACAAUGUAUCCAACUGGCCAUACGAUUGGAACUGGAACUGGAAUCGCAACCUGAAGUAUCUUAACUUCUCAGGCAACAAACGUUUGGAAAUCAAGCCUAACAUUGCGUCUCUGGGUCCUCCUGCCGCCAAUGGUGCGGACUUGACUGACUUCAACUCCUUGACCCAUCUUCGAGUCUUGGGGUUGAUGGAUGUCACCCUGACAAUCCCCAUCAUUCCAGAGGAGACCGAAGACCGUCGCGUCCGAACUUCUGCGUCGCUGGCUGGUACCCUUGCAUACGGAAUGGCGGACAGCCUGGGAAAGAGUGAGCAUCUCUCGAUUAUCGACAUGAUUGUUCCGCGUCUGAAACAGGAUCAUGUGGAAACUCUGGUUGGCAUGUUUGAUGGACAGACACUUGGAACUGGAGGUUCUCGGGUUGCAAAGUACUUGCACGAGAAUUUCACCCCUACCUUUUCCUAUGAGCUCAAGAAACUGCACACUGACCAAGGCGAAUCGCCUCUGGAUGCACUUCGACGGGCGUUCUUGGCUCUGAACAAGAACAUGGCUGGCUCUGCUUAUAGGUCCAUUGACGACCGUGAGAUACGGCAGUACCACAGAGGUUCGAACGCUGCCAAGCUUCUCAACCAAGAUGACAUUCUGUCUGGUGGUGUUGCCACUGUCUUGUAUCUGAACAACAUGGACUUGUACGCUGCCAAUGUCGGUGAUGCGCAAGCCAUAUUGAUCAGAUCGGAUGGUUCAAUGCGCACCUUGACUCAGAACCAUGACCCUGCGGAACCCAACGAGCGUGCCCGCAUUCGAGCUGCUGGCGGCUUUGUGUCUCGAAACGGUCGAUUGAAUGAUAACCUGACGGUCUCAAGGUGUUUCGGACAUUUCCCCACCAUGCCUGCCGUCAUUGCAGCCCCGUACACCACGCACGUCGCCCUCACGGAGCAAGAUGAAAUGAUCGUUCUAGCAUCCAAGGAGCUCUGGGACUUUGUUACUCCGGAAGUUGUGGUGGAUAUCACGAGGAGAGAGCAAACAGACCUGAUGUAUGCAUCUCAAAAGCUGCGUGAUUUGGCCAUUUCAUUCGGUGCCACCAACAAGUUGAUGGUCAUGAUCCUCGGCAUCGGUGAACUACAAAAGCGUCGCCCGAAAACCCGUCCUUCGCUCAACACUGGCUCUUCUGGAAUGAUCGAUGAUCAGAUCAUCCCAACUGCCAAACGCCCCAAGAAGCGUGAUGGUCCCGGAGACUCGCGGCUGGCCCGCUUUGACUUUGUGGAUGCCCCAGUGGGCGAGCUGGCAAUCAUGUUUACCGAUAUCAAGAAGUCGACGAGUCUGUGGGAAGUUUGUCCGGAUGCGAUGCGAUCUGCGAUUCAAAUCCAUAAUGAUAUUCUACGUCGGCAACUUGGAAUUUUCGGUGGCUAUGAGGUCAAGACUGAAGGUGACGCCUUCAUGGUGGCUUUCUCUACCACCACAGCUGCCCUCUUGUGGUGUUUCAAUUGCCAAAAUCAGCUUCUGGAAGCUGAGUGGCCCACAGAAAUUCUUGACCAGCCUCAAUGCCGAACUGUAGUCGACAUGGAUAACAAUGUCAUAUUCCGGGGCCUGUCCGUUCGCAUGGGUGGCCAUUGGGGUGAGCCUGUGUGCGAAAAGGAUCCCGUCACCAACCGGAUGGAUUACUUUGGACCCAUGGUGAAUCGUGCAUCGCGUGUUUCCGCUGUUGCUGACGGAGGACAAAUCUUUGUUUCGUCGGACUUCAUGACAGACAUCCACCGCAAUCUUGAGACCUUUGCCGAUGCCGAGCGCUCUGCUUCAACCAGCUCAACUGACAGCCACCCGCGUGGAGACAGUCUCGGCCACAAUAUCCGCCGUGAACUGCAGCAACUCAACAGCCAAGGCUUCAUCAUCAAGGAUCAAGGCGAACGAAAGCUCAAGGGUCUAGAGAACCCAGAGCCGCUUUAUCUUGUGUUCCCGUCGGCACUCUCUGGUCGCAUGACAUCUUCGGAUGAUUCUCAGGACGAUAGUAACACUGCAACUAUGAACCCCAACAAUCAACUGGAUAUCCAGACGAACGUCAUCUGGCGUCUGUGGGAGGUCACACUCCGUCUUGAGCGACUCUGUGGUGCUCUGGAGAAUCCCAAAGAACCCAGUCUCAGCGAACCUAAUGUGACUCUAUUCAAUAUGAUCAAGAGGCAUGGAGGGGAGCUCAAUGACUCAACUGUUCUUAGUUUGGUCGAUCAACAAGUAACUCGCAUCGAGGUCACCAUCAAUACCCUUUCCGUUCGCCACAUCAUGCGGCCAUUCAAACCAGGAGACAGCCUGAAAGAUCAUGCCGCUCCCAUGACCGAGGUUUUCCAACAACUAUCAACCCAACUCGCCGAAUUCCAAGCUCUCAAGGCGCAAAUGGCCGGUGCGUCAUUCCAAGAAUCCGAUAUCCCUCCCGAACAUGGAAUACUUCCUUCGGCCAGCAUCGACAACGGAAUUACUUCUGCCUCAUCAUCCUUCCUCCAUCUUCCGGGCGAUGCCAAUCGCUCCUUCGACUCCGGCCGCGGUAAUCAUUGA